UGACAGUUAGUUAUCUGUUUGAUUUGUUCACUUUGAAAUGUCUACCCCGUCCACAAGAUCUCUUUAUUCGUGGGUCUACAAGCACGAUGCCUUGACGGGGGUAGACAGUGUGGUGGGGACCUUUCAGCCUGAGGCCCUGCGGCCCGUGCUCUUCGUGUUCUACACCCUGGAGGCGGUGGUCAACAUGUUCUGCAUGGGCUACCACAUCAAGGGCUUCCAGGUCACCCAAAUGAACAUGUUAAGCUGGGAUGGGCAGGCGAUCCACUACUUCUACCUGGUCGUCUUCUACGUGUUCAUGGUGCUGACCCUCUUCCAGAGCGUCAACAUCUGCACGGGGCACCGGGUGACCGUGAACAUGGAGAUCUGGAAGGCGUCGACGGCGGCCAUCGUCUUCAUCCUGAUAUCCUUGACCUCGAUGUGGGAUGCGGAGCGGUUCUUCCACAUGUUUUUGAUGAACUCGAAUGUCCAAAUCACAAAAGGCGACUUUGUCCAGGACCAACCGGUGCACCCGUACUCCCAGUACUUGCAAGGCCAGUCCAUCGCUUCGCUGGCGUGCGGAAUGCUCUACCUGCUCCACGCCUCCAUCAUGAUCGACGUCAAGCUGACCUCCGACCUGAACACAGGUCUGGGGCGGGGCUCCUACAUGCCCAUUCCGCUCUUCGUCCUGGGACGCGAAAUCCACGCCAAGCUGAACAACUACCACUGGUUUCGGGAUCUCUGCGCAAACGAGCCGAUUUACAUUUGAAUUGAUUAUCAUACGCCGUUUUAAAGGGGAAUUGCAUCUUAUAUUUGAGUUCCAUCUAAAUUGUGUACGUGGACUGGAGAUCUCAAGAAUCGGAAUCAGUGUCUUCCAAAUUUCGUUCUCAGCAUGUAACCGUAUUGUACUCGAUUAUUUAUUUUUUAAUUCAUGUAAAGUACUGUACUACUUUGGAAUUAAUGUAUUAUUUUUGAUUAUUGCAUCUUAAA